AUGACCAUGUAUUCCAACUCUCUAUUUCCCAACGAUAUCUACUCAAACACACGGCGUACAUAUGCUUUCCAUCCAUACCAUAACAACAACCACAUCGCCACCGAUAAUAUCAACAACCAUCCAUACGUCGCUGACCGUCCACCGUACAGCUUUGUAGCUCUUAUCACCAUGGCUAUCCGGUCACAUCACAAUCAGAAAGCGACACUGAAAGAUAUAUAUGGGUGCAUUAAGUCAACUUUCCCGUAUUAUCGAGACAAAAACCCGAGUUGGGAGAACUCAAUUCGUCACAACAUAUCGAUGAACAGCUGUUUCAAAGCGACACUUAAAGACAUAUAUGGGUACAUUAAGUCAACUUUCCCGUAUUAUCGAGACAAAAACCCGAGUUGGAAGAACUCAAUUCGUCACAACCUAUCGAUGAACAGCUGUUUCGUAAAGAUUGACCGUAGCGUCCAUGAUCAGACGCACGGACAUUUCUGGGGACUCAGCGCCGGGUGGGAAGAAAUGUUUACUGAGGGAAACUAUCGCCGCCGUGUUCGAGGUUAUAGGAGAUCAGACAGUCGCUCGUUGAGUUCAUCCUUAUCAAACUUCGCGGACGCCAGCGAACAGAAAUACGGUGAGCAAGGAUUUCACCAAACCUCCCGAAGUGCGGUUUCAACUGUAAAGUGCAAUCAAAGUUGUCCUGAGCUGCCCGUCACAAGAUUUGACACACCUUCAUCGACUGAGAAAACGACAAAGAUAUGCAAAGACUUUAGUAUAUCAAGUAUAUUAGGCUGCUCACCGAAGAAAUCAGACCGCAGCGUGAAACGUCAUCGAAGCCAAGAAGUUUACCCAAUUACCCCUUCAUCGCCAAACCACUGUGCCCCCACACGCGUGCCAGCACUUUCACACAGUCACACAAGACUUCGACGACAUUAUAGUGAUUCCUUCCCGCUAGUCACACCAGCAAGUUAUCGAGUGCCGCUACAUUAUAUAGUUCCUACAUGCCAAGCGACAUCUGUAAUAACUUCAUGGGCAGGCAUUUCAAGAAUGGAAACUUUACUUUGA